AAUGGGUGGUGCAUGGCAUGCCAAUUUUCCAAUUUCGAACACAUUUGCCCCUCAAUUGUUGGGGCUCUCUUCUCAACUGGCUGUCCUUAAUUGUCAUUUUGCUUCUUCUGCUGGGUUCUCAUCUCAACCGUACAUGGGUUCUCAUCUCAGCCGUAUAUUUUCCUCUUGGUUCUCGACUUCUUGUAUAGCCACAUACUAGGCGUUGGAGAAAGCGAUAUGCCUCUCUCUGAAGAUACGAUAGUCAAUCAAUCUCAACUAAUCAAUCUAAUCAAUAUCAACUCUCUAGAAGAGUCGAAUAGUUAAAGCCCCUUUCGAUAGGUAUUUAUAUAUACACAUCUGUAUGCAUAUAUGUAUGAGUUUAUUUGAGGAGAGAGAAAGAGAGAGAACGGGGUUUGGAUCAUUUCGAACCCUUUUUGCUUGGCUUUCGAUUUCUUGUUCAUGACAUUUCUCUCUCUCCGUCGUUAGAAACAGCAAGCGGGACCAUGAACCCAUUAACAACUGUUGUGCAAAGAAACUUUGAUGAUUGAUUUUGCAGGGUUAAAAUCAGGUUCUGAGGACUGACCCGUUUAUUGGCUGGUGGGGCAACUCUUUGCAGCCAUGACCGAGUCAAGGUCCUUGGCUUGAUUCAAGUAGAUUUCAGACUCACCCCUAUAUUUCAUACACCCACAUGCACAUAUGAAUCCGCCAAUCUGUUAGCUUAUGGAUGUGUUAUUUAUUUAUUAUUUUUUUGGAGUUUCAACGAAGCCCUAUACACAUUGAUACUCUUAUAUUUUUGGGCUGUUUUUUCUAUUGUGGUUUUGUUUGAAUUCUUUUUGGGCUCUGAUUUUCUAUCUAUUGGGAUCUAUUCCUCUGUCUUAUAUUGGGUUUUUUGGCCUGUUUAGUACUUUUUUUUUGAUUGACGGCCUGUGAUAUUGUUGCGGUGACAACUACAUGAUUCCUGAUUAUUUUCUGGUUUCUUUGUUUUUGUGGGGCUGUUUUGUUGUGUUUGGUAGGUGGAGCUCUAGCAAUAGGUAAGGCGUUUUUAAUGAUCUGAGGGAAGGGAGUUCUUCUUUGUAAUCAUCACUCUCCCUGUGGUUGUGCUGUAACUCAACAGGAAUUUGAGUUUGUUUGGAUCUUGGAUCAGUUAGUGAUCCUCAAAUUUCAUUUUAUAGCUGCAGAUUUGAAUUCUUCACAUUUGAGUGAGAUAGAUAUGCUUGCAAUCAGAUUCAUUUCACUUGCAUUCUGGUUUCCAUUGCAUUGCUUAAAGUGAUCCCACUCUACCAUAAUGGCAAGCAUAAAAAUUUAUUUCUUAAAGUAUUCACCGACUUUGAUGGUUAAGCUUGUGUUGGAAUUUAGCAUUUAAGUUAACCUUCAAUUUGAUAACAGCCCUACCUGAAACUCCUAGUGUUGAUUCCGAUUCUCUGGACAAAUUUUCCCCCCAGUUUGGGUCCUUGGGAAGAUGACUUCAGAUAUCAAAAUAAUUUAUGAGGUUUUUCUAUUAUCUUGAAUGGUUUUAUUCACCUUUGAUCUUGUGAAACUGUCCUCACUUGACUCUUUCGUUCUAACUUCUACCAUUGGGCUUUAACUCAGCAUUAUGAUGCUGAUAUGAUAGAAUGUCAUUCCUUUGAUCAAUAAUUGGAGUACUAUAGAGACGUGCUCAUAGGAAAUUGUUAAGGUGAUAAAGUUAUUUCCACCAAUCUAGGUCUACGGUCUUUUAAUUCUCAUAUGCACACUUGUUGGAAGCUGAAUGAGUUUAAGUUGAAAGCAAUGUAUUUGGCUUCACUUUUCUGUUAUGUUGUGCUUCUUUCAUUUGAAUAUCUUUGAUGUAGGUAUGGCUCAGUAAAAAUAUUUUUGAAGUACAAUAUUUUUUCCCCUACGAUCUGUAUGUGCAUGUAAAUUCCUGAUGUAUUUAUGCAUGUGUCAGGUACUCUACUGCAUUUUUUUUUAUAGGCCUCUACUGCAAUUGAUAUGAUUGAUUUGGCUUGGGCCUUGGGAUUGCUUGAGGACCCAUGUAGAUAUGAGCCUCAAUCUUUCUAUCAUGCACUCACAUGCACCGUUGCACGUAUGAAUCCCUUUAGGGCCUGUUCGGUUUGGUAUUUGGAUUUUGGAUUUGUAGGUAAUGAGUGUAGAGAGAAAUAGAGUAAUGAUUGGAGAGAGAUAGAAAAAUGAGAGUAAUGAUUGAAGAGAAAUAUGAUAAUGAUUAGAAUCCAAAAUCCAAAACCCUUAAUCGAACAAGGUCUUAGCCUUUUAUUUACAGAUGUUCUGCUGCUUUUUUUUAAUUAUUAUUAUUGUUUUUAAUGAACAUGUAUAUACAUUUGGUGAUACUCCUUUUUAGUGGUUGUUCGUUGAUUUUUCUUUUUUUGGUUGGCUCUGAUUUUCUAUUGGGUUAUAUUGCUUUGAUUUUGGCAUGAUUCUUUGUGAAGCUUACAUAUAAGAUGGAUUUCAGAGGUGUCCACUGGGUCACAAGGGUGGUCAUAGGUAGGGCAUUUGGUAACACAUCAAAGAUUGCUCAAAGAAAAUCAGUGCUCUAAGACUCAUGCUUUUAAAACUUGAGUCUUAAUAUUAGAACCAUCACCUUUGAUAGUGCUUAUUCUUUUUCUUUUGUAGAGUCCUUUCUUCUUCUUUUUUCCAAUUUCUUGGUUUCUAGCUCAAUCUUUAUUGCUUUGGGGAUUCAAAUUGAAAAAAAAUAUGACUUGUCCCAUGAAAUUCAGCUCUGGGAUAUGUAGUUUUGAGGUAGGAAAAAGGGUAUUUGUCCUUGGUCAUGUAUUCUUUUGUAGGCUUUUCUUGGACAAGCAGCUCCCAGCACAACAGUUUUUGUGCCACAACACCUAACAUCUGGCCAAGGGUGCGAGCCUGACGUGGACAAGCCACAGAUCCUCACGGUCACGGCAUAGUCGAAAGGUUGCGUAGAGAAAGAAAACAUAAAGGAUGAGGGCUUUGCAAGAAGUUAUUCCGAGUUGCAACAAGAUAAGAGGGUACAUAUGUAAUUGGUUCCAGCAGCAUUUCUCCAACCAAAUGGCUCUUCACAAUUAUGACUUCUCUUACGAGAGCGACUUCGCGACAGCAAUAGCUGCUGCUGCAUUUGCAAUCCAUUCAGUUGAAGAGGCCAACUCAAAAUGACAAGAGAAGUGGAAAUCUAUGAGCAGGGUGAAGAUCAGGAAAGAUGACCUAUUUAGGCCGCCCGAAGUUAGACACUCUCCCGGCAAGAAAGCAAAAGGUGCUGGUAAAAUUGACCUUGUUUGCAUAAAUAUAUGUACAUAUAGCCCCGUUAUGGAUGUAUGGUGUUACAAGGCUCCUUUAAGCAGGGAAAUGGCAGAAAAAAAAAACAAAGGGGAAAAAUAUCUUUUCAAUUAAACUAUUUUAUAGAAAUACGAGAGUUCUUACUUUCGAGUCUUUGCUAAGUUGAGCCUUUGAUGUGGAGGCUUCUAAUGCCCAAAAUGGUUGGCCAGCCUUGGCUUAGCAAAGUGGGCCAUAACCCGACUCUUUGGAGUAGGCUAGAUUGAUACUGGGUGCUUGGCGGGAAAAAAGAGAGUAAAAAAAUACAAGAAUUGAUGUCAGAAUUUUCCAUUCAUAAGGUGUCAUUAUGAGUCUCAUCCAUGAAGAAAUAGGAAUUCCUUCCCAUUCUCAACUUUCAAUUUCUUGCAAAAACAAAAGAAAAUUGGGAGAAAAAGUACAAUUUAUAUUUCAAUUCAUCAAUUUUACCCGCAAUCUAGACAAUGAACAUAAUUACCUUGGAUCGACUAUUGAAACUUUUCAAAACCAUUUCAUGAUCAAUAUGAUGUUUGUGAGCAUUUUUGAGGAUUCAAUGAGAAAGAGGAUGGAGUAGGAUAGGAGAGGAAGCCAUGCAUCAUUUGCAAGGCGCAAAUGCGCAAUGGUGGAGACGAAAGCCGAAGGGGUAAUUCAACAAAAAGAAGAAGCCUAGAAGCCAAGGCAAAUGCAUGGGAGAAAUCAGCCAUGGCUAACCUUGUAAAAUGGUACAAAUUCAUUGAUAUUGGGAAUCUAAAUUCUUUUCAGAAUCCAGCCUACAAGCAGCUCAAUAUUCCAGUUAUACUUGGACUGAACUUUAGUGAACUUCAAUCUAGAAUCUGAACAAGGAGAGGCCUCAAUGUGGGAUGGGAGUUUGAGGCGGACAUACUCACAGCAUUCACUAUUCAGUGAAGAUCUUCAACUAUGCAUGAAGGCUGUUUGGCAAGUUCAUGUGUUUAGCCAAUGUGAUGCUCUCAGGAUGCUUUGAGAACUUUCUUGUUGCAGAAGCUUGAUAACCUGGCAAAAGAUGAUAAAUGCCAAAUUACUAUGAUUUCCACUUGGGCAACCGAAUUAAAUCUUGACAAGAUCAACCGACCCUCGAAUAUGACACUGCUUUAGAGAAUCGUAGUUCGGAGUACCACUCGUUCAUUAUGGAGUUCCGUGCUUUCCUCACUGACUGCAAGGACGUGUUGGAUGAGGUGACCACAAUGAAACUCUUGGAAAGUUAUGGACGAGUAGAUGAAGCAGCAGUAUGAGAUUGUGGUUCAUCAUUAUAUCCAGGAUCUGAUGCAGAUCCCGCACCUGUACCCGUGUCAUGUCGCGUCGACACGGGUACUUUGCCCAAAAGGGGGGAUCCGUGUGUCACAGCCCAUAGAUCUUCAGUACAAGUUUGCCCCAGACCUCAUCAUGCUUGAUGCAUAUGAAACUGUUGAGUCAUGGAUGACAACGAAAAGCCUGAACCCAAGGAAGUUAAUUCCUGCAAUGAUGCGUUAUUCAAGCAAGCCUCAUGCGAGGAAUGAAACCCGUGAAGUAAUAAAAUAUCUAGAGUUUUGCAUUCAUUGUUUGCAAAAUUUGGAUCCUGGAGUUCACAACUUGUUGCUCUCUCUCUAUGCGAAGCAGUUUGAAGCAAAUUAUAUUGAAGAGUUUGAAGCAAAUUAUAGAGGAUUUGAUUCGGAGAAGAAUGAUUUGAUUGAGUUGUAUAAUAAGCUCUUCUGUUCAAUGCUUUGCUCAGAUCCCAAGUUGGACUCGCAUCGAUUCAAGAAUAUUCUUGACAAGGCAAUAACUUCAGAUUGAGUGGAAGGAAACAACAAAGUGCAUAACUCCCUGUGAAAAUAGCUCAAGCUAAUGAAGGUACCCAAGCUUGCAAUGUGGCUCUCGGUAGAUUUUUCUGCUUUGGCAGUAAAAUGGACCAGGACAAGUAAAACUUUUUUCAUUUUAUUUAUUUCUGGAAUGAUAUCAUCGCAAGAGGGGUCUACAUAGAUCAGCUCUCAUUGUUUACCUUGCUUUAUUUCUUGCACUGAGAUCACUGAUUGUGCUCGGAAGAGAAACAGAAAAGUGCAACCAGAGAAGAUGGCUAAAGUUAGUUUUAUUUCAUGCGCACAGUUAGAGGCAAAGGAAUAUGUAAUGUCAUUGAAUUGAGUGCAAAGUUGAAUAAAUCAAACUGGCAAAACAUGAGUGCUUCAGCUUCUUCAAAAGCUUGAUAACUCCUUUUGAGAAAUUAAGCAUAGUUUCAGUGUUUGAUAGUUUCCACCUUCCAAAUGCAACUGCAUACUGUCAUAGGAAUAAUGGGUUUACUCCAUUUUUGUACCUUUAUUUUCUCACGAGUUUUACAUUUGGAUAGAUAGGUUUGUAUUCAUUUUAGACUUUUUUAAGGUUUUAUUUGGGUCUUCAAUUUAUCAAACGAAAUAGUAUUCUGCUAA